AUCGUUCUCAGUCGGCGUCUAUCUUCAAGCAGAUCAAGUUCUCGUAAAAGAUCAAGUUCUUGUGCUCUUGCAAAUUCUCUGUGUGAUUUUAAUCAAAUAACUUAUAACAAAUCUCUAUUUAAUUUUGCUUAACAAAACUCAAAAAAAUCCGUAAAAAUGGCAGAUGUGACAGAAGCAGUUGAACAAAACGAAACUCCAGUUGUCGAAAAGGAGGUCGUCGAAGUCGAUGCCCCAAAGGUUGUUGACGAAGUCGAAAACGAUGUUGCCGAAAAAGAUGUCGCUGAAAAAGAUGUCGAAGAAAGUGAUGUCGCCGCCGAAAAUGGUAACGGUGAAGAAGCCGCCGCUGAAAAUGGUACCACAGAAGAAGUCAAAUCGGCUGAAGAACCAGUUGAUGUCCAAAAUGGUGACAGUACCGAAGCUGCUCCAGAAGCCGUAAAGCGAAAAGCCGUCGAAGAAACCGAUGCCGCUAAGGCCGAUGAAGUUGUUCCCACACCAGAAAAGAAAUCAAAGGUGGAGGAAGCCGCAUCAAACGGUGCUGCCGAAGAAGUGGUUGCCUAAACUGGCUGACGAAAUCAAAUAAAAACACACACACACCACUUAAUACACACAACUGACACAUAAAAUACAAAAUAAAAAAUACAACAAAAAAACAAUCAACAAUUGAUAAAAAUAACAUCCAUUACAGAAUAAAAACCGAAGUUUAAACAAUCCAUCUCAUUUUCAACAAAAUUCUUAUUCUUUUUUUUUUUAAUUUUUGAAACAAAAUCAUGAAUCGACCACAAAAAUAAGCAGUUUCUUGUAUUAGAAAAGAAGGGAAAAGAUUAAUAGACACAUGAAGAAAUGAAAAGAAUAAUAUAGGAAAAUAUUUUUAGCAAAAAAACAAAACAAAAUGGACAAAACAUCUCUCAACACUUGUUAGAACACUUUAUUUUUCUGUAAUCGUGGACUCGAUUCACUGUAUUCAUUCUUUUCGUUUUACAUUCGAACUAUUCGAUUCAUCCAUUUAACAGAUUUUAUAUUCAUACACACAAACACACACCCACAAAAAAUCAUUACAAACAAAUAUCUUAACUCGUAAGAAUCUAAUUAAAAAAAAAAAA